AUGCGUUUGGAGCUGCCUGGCAUCAGAUGUCUGAGGGGCACUUCCGAAGCGUGCCAUUCAUUGGGACUGCGGUUACAUCGGGUCGUCUCCAACGUCAGCUGGGUUGCUACAGUCUGGAAUCUCGGCUCAACGUCGGGCUUUCUGCUUGUUGGACGACUCUCAGAUAUCUUUGGCCGUAAAUGGAUGGUGAUGGGAACGUCGGUGCUUGGAUUGGUUGGAAAUAUUUUGGUAUGCACAGCUCAGGGUGUGAAUGGGCUCAUUGGAGCGAACAUGUGUAAUGCCCUGGCAGCUGCUGGUCAACUCUCAUUUGGGGUUGUUCUGGGAGAGGAUUAUCAGUCUGUAAUGGCCCUUUUGCCGUACCAGUUCAUGUAUCAUCCGCUAACUUAUGAUCAACUCCAUGUUCAUGGGAAGAGCAAACGUCAGCAGACGGCCGAGAUUGGCUAUGGCGACAACUUUCUCUUCGCGAUUGGCAUGAUUCCCUUCCCAGACAUUCUACUCUCUGAGAUGACCAGUAAUCCUCCUUCAGAACCAUUUAUUGUAAAACAGCAAGCUCUGAUCCCAGUCCGACUCUUCACGAACAUUGGCUACGUUGCCCUGGUAGGUUGUGCCACAAUCGCAGCCAUGAUCUACUACUCGAUGACAAUCCUUUGGCCAACUAUUAUUGGAACAAUCUUCUCAACAGAUAUUCAUACAAUUGGUUGGCAAUCCUCCGUUGUUGGCGGAGGAGUUCACCUCGGCCGAGUCCUUGGCGGUUUCGCUCUCUCCUACAUCCCAAAAGACAAACACCAAGCCAUCAUCGCAUCUUAUCCGGCCUUCGCAGUCGUCGCAUACCUAUCGCCAAUCUCAAAGGGAAAUUACGCUGCUUUCAUUGUCCUCGGAGUCCCGGGUUGUACUGCGAUCGGCUUCGUGGACAACAUCACCUUCCCCGUGACACUGGUCGUCGAACCCCAUGACAUUGGCCAUGUCAGCAGAGUCCUAAGUUCUAUUCGGACAUGCGGUGGAGCGACAGAUCAAGCACUUUACGUCUCUGUUCUUCAGAACAAGAUUGCAGUCUACCUUCCUGAAUAUGCUACGCCAGCUGUACUUUCAGCCAGCCUUCCGUCUUCGUCACUUCCGGCUCUCUUGGGUGGUAUUGCCACUGACAACUUCUCCAAUGCCUCUGCCUUGUUGAUCUUGGCGGCUUGCUUUGUGCCAAAUGUGGAGAUGUUCUUAGGAUAUAAUGUGGCCGAGAGGUUGAAAAGUUUUUCUGGGGGUGUUAAUAGGUGUUUAACAGCAGCCCCAGCAGAGAUGGGGAAUACCCGAGAAAGAACCGAUAUACUCGGACAUGAAAACCUCAAAAGCACAAGCGCAUCGGAUUGA